UUUCUCCUUCGAUUUUUUCCAACAGUUGAACUUCGUCCCUCUUGCCGCCCCCUGCCACCACUAACCCACUAAACUUCACUCGCCACAAAAUGGCGGAACUCUCCUCAACACGCCAGGACAACUCUCCCCGAAAAUCUCCCAAAAUAGACAAAUAAUUUAAACAUAAUCCUUCAAAACCCCUCAAAAACGCCCUAAAUCAAACCGGAAGUAGUUUAUCAGUCUCUACCACCCCGUUAAUCCUUCAACACGCGAAUUUUCCAGAUUUUUUUCAAUGUUACGAUUGUGCCACUCAUCUUCUGCGACGACAGAUCGUCAAAAUCCUCCAACUCCAUUUCCUCUAUUUCCAAGCAUAUCUGUCUCUAUUCUCCGGCAUUAUCAUCCCCAUAGGCAUGAACUCCUUCACUCCAUUCACAGCAAUAGCCUCACAACUUUGGUAAGCUUGAAAAACCCACGGUAAGUAAAGUCGUCGAAGCAGAAAAAUAAACAAUUGAGAGGUCGCUAUUAACACUUGUGUGACCUAUUCGUGGUGUUUUAGCUCAGUUAUAUGGGCACUGAAUUUGUGUUUGAAAACAGAUUCCGUGGAAAAAGAUUCGACCGUGUUACGUUUCUCGGUGAAAUAUGAGUAGAUUGUGUUUACAGUAAAUGAGAAAUUAAAACCGGAUGGCCAUUAUGGGCAGAUGGGAUUGUCGGAAAUACCCUUUUGGGCCAGCGUGCGGUGUUAGAAUUUUACGUCACAAAAAGAAUUUCAGUGACAGUGUCAGUCCAUAUUCAUGGUUGUAAUCCCAGGAAUUAGACUAGUUCUAACAAUUCCCAGAGAUCUGAUGUACUAAAUGAAGAGACAUUGACGUGACGGUAUGAAUUUGAUGAUAGUGACGUGUGUUAAUGUGCAGAAAGGUACUUAAUUGAUAAAAAUAGUUUUAAUUAAGGUAUGUUAUCCAUUGAUAUGUCAGCUGUAAUUAAGUCAUUAGUUUCAAAUACUUGAAAGUUUCGCGAAUUGAUAGAUAUUUUAUUAAUUCGUCAUGAAUUGGUCAUUAAAAUACUUAUUGCAUCCAGGAGAUGGUACAUUGAUCUAUAAUGACGUCUUACCCGUCAGAAUCCAGAAAUAAUCUCAGUAAAUGGCCUAUCAAUUUUUCGAAUUUGAAUACAAAUUGAACUCAUACGACAUAAAAACAUGGACAUUUGGAAACAGUGCAGUGCAUGAUAUAUUCGGAGGGGGCGUGUUUCAAUAUCAGAUAAGACAGAAUAUCUAUAAUAAAAUUACAUGGUUGUGUUAAGUGCCCAUCAGCAGUGUAAAUUGAAGAUUCGAGAGACGAUACAAAAAGUACAACAUCAUCUUUAUAGUCACGUCAACGGUGACAUUACGAAUAGGAGGAUAAGAUGGACGCCUACGAGAAGAAGUUUGCUGAGAUGCAAAAGUACAUUCCCUUCCUGGAGGCAAUGAUUGAGAGACUUCAGAAAGUAUCUGAUAAGUCUCGUGAAGUACAGCUGCACAAAAUGCAGCAGCUUCAUGGAAUACUGACGGACAGCAAGAGAAAAUUGAGGAUUGAAACGCUCCAAAAAUGUGAAGAUGUGCUUCAGAAACUGCACAGUAAAGUGGAAAAGUUUCAGGGAACAGGCGGUCUGAAUUUUCCUAGUAGUAAGAAAAGUGAGGAGUCAUCAAUACCAAAAACCAAGGGAACCGAAUCGGUAGUUAAACCGUCAAAAGAGGUGGAAAAGCCCAAAGAAAAACUUAAAGAGAUGGACGAAACACCAGCGAGUCCGAGUCCCCCAGCAUCACCAGAUGAACAACCCGACGUGACGUCAGUUCCAAUAAUCAUUCCCACUGAGCGUAAACAAGAUGAUUCUUCAGAUAAAGUAGACAGUAAACCAUCGAGCCCUGAUCAGAUAGAACGAGUGUCAACGAAGGAGCCAAUUAUUAUCCCCACAGAGCGUAAAGAUGAUUCUACAGGUGAAUUUAUUGAGCAUAAUUUUCUAGCCAAAUCGAGGAAUGAUAAACCAUCUAGCAAUGCGUUUCCCGACUCGAGAAAUGCAUCGACCUGUCGAACAAUACCGACAGCACCAAUUCCCUCGAAAACAGAUAACCAAAAACAAAUAAGAUUAACAUCACCAGAAUGUCGAUCACCAAGAUCCAAGGAGCCUUUCAUAUCCCCCACGAAAAAUGCGAAACCCCCUGCGCCACUGUUGAUCUCACCUCCUCGAGCCUUAACAGAACCUCCGUUAUCUAUGGAUGAUCUGGCUGAACUGUUGAAUGACGGCUCAGGGAAUACCCCGGAAAGCAAUGAGCUCACCACUUUACCCACCGAUAAAAAACCCACCAUUCCUUCAAAGUCUCGUAAAAUUCGCAUCGUUAAAGAAAAACCCUCAGAUAACGCAAAGAAACUUGAGAAGGAACCUGCAAAAGCAUUUGUCCUAACGCAGGAAGACAUAGAUAGGGAGAGUAAUCGUCGAUGGGAAGAGGUCGACAAGCAUAUUGUUCUAUUCGGUCGUAAGGGUGGAGCUCCUCAGUCAGAUCAUCCUUCAGGUGCAUUACCACCAACAGCCCCUAAGAAAGCAGAAUUUCGGAAUAGUCCGAUGUCACCAAAGGGCAGAGAUAGAGGCUCUGAGCCAAGAUACGCUGACAAUUAUGAAAGAAUACCUCGACAUAUGACAGCAGAUCGUUUCAACAACCUUUCUGAUCAAUCAAAAAUUCCGGACAUGAGCAUCAUUAACAAUGCCUUUUCGCGUCUGUCUGAAGGAGACAAGGCAAACAUAGCCAAACUUCAAACUAAUCUCCCAAUUAUUCAUAAACAUAAUGAUGGUUUUCCAUCUGGUGAAGAAAGAGAACUGUUCUCUCGCCGUGGUGGAGGUGGUCCACCUAUGGAUAUGGAUAUGGAAUAUCGUCGAGAUGAUGAAUAUUACAUGCAGAGGUCAAUGCAUCAUUCACAGAAUCGAGAGUAUUACAAUCCACAAUGGGGAGGAUAUGAGCAUAAUCCCCAGCAAAUACCUGGGCAUCAAUAUCCACAUCCCCCACAUCUGUCAAAUCAUCCCCAUCAAAGUCACCCAAACCACCCUAAUCACCCGAAUCACCCUAAUCACCCAGACAUGUGGAUGGGUCCGAAUUCCGGGCCUAACCCCAUGGAAAUUCCAGUCCACCAUAUGUCUCCUCAGUAUAGUCCCAAUCUCGUUCGUCGGCCCAUGAUGAGUCCCUCCGGGCGUUUAGAAAUGAAUCAUGGCCCUUACGGCGAGCCAAAUUUCGCCGAAGACAUUGGUCAUUCACCCCAGCCACCUGCACCACCUGUUAUUCCGCCAUUAAUGUCCACUCCACCAUUCAAUCCUCGAGGAUUUCCUGAAAAUCGAGCGUUUGAGUCGCCCUUUGAGCGUCCUACGGAGUUCGGCUUAGGUAUGAGACAGGGCCAGUGGGAAGGCCGUUCUGGUGAUCCAAAUUAUCCUGACGGCUUGAGAAUCCGAGGGCCUGAGCCUUCCUACAACGCUCCACUGCCAGGGCCGCCGGGCCCUCCUGGUCCUCCCGGUCCCCCUUGCCCUCCCGGUCCACCCGGUUGGAAUCGAGGACCUGGGCCUGAUCUCCAACCUGUCAGGAAUCGCAGUGUUGAAAGAUUUCCUGGGGAACGAGUCAGCAACAGACCUGUCCUCCCUGAACCCCCGCAUCCUGGUUUUAACCGUAGAGGUGAUUGGGAUCGACCGCCGCAGAACGACAAUCCCCAGAGAUUCAAUCGCGAAGCGAGAAAUGUGUCUGAACGUGAUCCAAGAUUCCGCAAGGACUUGAGUCCGCAAGGAGCGCACUCGCCCAAUGCUACUACUGUUAAGAGGGAUCCACGAUUGGCCAAGCCCACAACACUUGCACAACAUACGCUGCCUGCGGCGUCGAAAUCGAAAGAAAAUUCAGUGAAAAAUCGCGAUUCGCGAAGAAAAAGUUCGGAGUUAAAGGAUCCGAAUAAGCCAAUCCUCGAAUCCAAACCACCACGAAAUAAAGACAAAUCGAAAAAUUUCGGAAAACAAAAAGAACCAUCGAAACCCAGUGAUGCUAAACCUAGGAGGCCUUCCGAUGAAAAAACAAAUGCUGACAAAUUGAUCAAAGAUAUGGAAACUAUGCAGUCACCUUUGGAGAGUCUUUAUGGAGUAAUUGAUACGGCUGCUAAAACGGGAAAGGGUUACGGUCUUCAAAAGUUCAAAAUUCCCAAAAUAAAGAGGACGGAACCAGCAGCUCCACCCCGCCCUCCAACACCACCAAAAUCCAGUGUUACAAGUGAACUAGAAUCCCCGGGCGACGAGUCUUCAGCUAAGUCUGUCGAGUCUGUGAAACCACUUUCGGAGGAAGUUGAAAAGAAUAUAAAAGUUGAGGAUAAGAAAAUGGAGGUAUCAAGUACGACUGAUGAACCUGCGGUGGACCCAGCAGAUUUCAAAGUCAAUGAGCGCCAUCUAAAAGUGUCCGAAGCCGAACCAACAUUAUCUAAUCAUGUGUCAAUGAAAUGCGAUAAGGUAGACGAAUCGGAAGCAACAGUUGACACAUCAACGCCUGUAAAAAUUUCGGAUUCCAAUCCAGCCACUAUGACAACGAAAGAGAGCUCCAAGGAAGAAGAGCCACCAACUUUCAAGAACGAAAUCACGCGUGAAUGGAUUGAAAAAAUGAUAAAAACAUCUUUAGAACAAGGAGAAGGCAAAAAACUUCUAGAACAAGCCAAAUUACUUCAGAAAUUAGGCGAGGGCUUAGCACAUUCAAAGAAAUUCAAGAAAAUUCGAAAAAUUAUUGAAUCACAAUCAGAGAGCAGUUCUUCGGACACUGAAAAAAUUAUAGAACCAAAGAAAACCGUGAAAAAGAAGCGAAGAGUCAUCGUAUCCGAUAGUUCUGAAGAUGCUUCUCCAGACCGCAAAACUCCAGAAAUUUCAGAGAUCAGUUCUGCAGACAAGCCGACGACUCCUAAACGACGAGGAAGAAAUGCUCGACAAUCCAAAUGUUCACGAGGCAAAGGGAAAAAUGUCCCUGAAGAAGAAAAAUCAGAAAACUUGAAGGAACUGACAAUCGAAUCUAAAGAAUCUACAAAUGAGUCUAAAGAUUCUAUAAAUGACUCCAAAGAUUCUAUAAAUGAGUCAAAAGAAUCAGCAGACCUGUCCGAAGGUACUCUGAACGAUUGCAAAGAACCUGCCGAAUUGGAACCUGGACCUGAACCUGGACAGGACCCAGAAUCUGCAGCUUUAAAACCUCGGCGAAAAACUCGCCGACGCAAUUCCUUGGAGAUGCUGCAGGAGGACAUCCGGGAAAUGUUUAUCAGUGAAGGAGUUGUAACUGCAACAGGACAUCGAAUGUGCCGUUUGAUAAAGGAGGCAGAAGGUAAUUUAAAAUCAGUUGAUGAAAGAGUUAAAGGUAUUUAUGUUUCGAGUUCCCCAGAGCGCCAUGACUCGGAGCCAUCAGAGGACGAGGUGCUCUCGAAGCGACAAAACAGAUCGAAGAGUAAAACUCCGAAGCCCCGAGAGGUGCCGGACAAUGAUAAACCUAAGCCUCGAACAAGAAGAAUUCGAAAGCGCGCUGCCAAAAGAUCGAAGCAAUACGUGAGUAGUUCUGACAGUGACGAUGAUGCAAAAUCCAAUCUUCCACUUGUGUCACCACGUAGAGAGACACCAGAGCCCUCUAAAGACGCGACAGACUCUGAAAAACCACGGGAAAGUCUCGCAGAUGAAUCCGAAAGCACUCCGAAUCUACGGAGAAGUGAAAGAGUGAGCUUGAGAGAGCCCAGAGUAAUGAUCGAAAAAACAGACUUGGGUAAAAUAGAUUCGUCGAAGAUAAUGUUCGACACGUCAUCAGACGAGAGUUUUGGCAUCGAUGUGUCAGAGUUGACAGCGGCCGUCGAUAUUUCCCUUCACUCUGAUCGUCAGAAAAGAUCCGAUGACGAUUCAGAGACUAUUAUGAGCAUGAAUAAUCUCGAGGAAAAGCCAUCGAAAACAAAAAAACGAAUUUCCAAUGAACCGUCAAUCGAUACACCGAGUAAACUCGAUGAUGACGCUGCCAGCGUGGCCUCUGACGCGUCGCUCUCAAGCAGUCGCGCCUCUAGUGGCAAGAAAAUAACUAGCACUUGCAAGCCUUCUAACACGAAUGAAGAAUUAAUAACAGGUAUUCUCGAUGAUUUUGUUCAAAGCAACGAUAAAGAGUCGGAAAAAUCGAUUGAUAAAAAUAGUGGUAUGGAGGAUGACAAAGAGAUCGAAAAGCCACGAAAAAUCGUCAGGAAGAGAAAGCCAGUACUUAUGAAGCGCAAGAAAAAACGAAACAAUUGGCGAUUGGGAAUUGUUUCUAAAACAAAAAAGAACAAGAAGGCGGCUGUUACGCGUUCUUUAAAAGGCGGUAAACCCUCUCUUGCAGCUGAUAAUCCCUCAGAGCCUCCCGAGGAGUCAGAAGCUAUGGCGCCGCUCGAACCGCCUAUGGUUCCUCCUCCAAAGCUUGAGAAGAUUGUCAUAAAUCCGAUAUCCGGUGAAUCUUCAACGAAACCAGAAAUCAAACAAGAAAUAGGUUCUACUUCAUUUGUGAUACCCGACAAGAAGAAAUCUAUUUUCAAAAUUCAAGAUUUAAUUGAAUAUGCAUGGACGGGCCAAGAAAGAUACAAAUGUCGGUUUUGUGGCUUCAGUGGCAAGAACAUAGUCCAACAUUAUAAGGCAGUCCAUCCAAAGGAAGAGAUGAUGAUAUCGAGAUUAACAUUGCUCGAUGCAAAACGGGCAAUCGACGAAUCCAAGGACGAAAUGUAUUUAAAAUUAUUGGAUAAGCUGCAUACGGGCUCCGAUCGUAAAUAUGCUUGCAGAUUUUGUGUAUUCACAGCAGAUGGACAGAAGGCCUCGGCAAUGGAGACAUUCUACGAGCACUGUACAACUCACACCGGCGAGUACAGAUUUAGAUGUCGGAGCUGCACUUACCAGACACCAUUCAGGCCAUCAAUACGUGCGCAUUACUAUAAAGUUUGUCGUAAGAAUUUUGAGAACGUGACGCUUGCUGUUGACGAGGAUUCUAUACCUGAUGAGGAUCUUGUUAACGGAUACUUAUGCUCUUCAUGUCAUUUUGUUCAAUUGAAGGAGGAAAACGUGAAGAAACAUAUUGACAAGUAUCAUAAGGAGAAUGAUGAGACUGAAAUUAUCAAGAUUGAUAUGUCCAUUUAUUUGGACGUCAAAGAUCAUGGUGACCAUUCCGAUAUCGAGGAUGAAUUGAGAAAUGAAGAUCCAUUAGCUCCUGAUUCUGAUGCUUCUACGGUUGAUUUUUACGAAUAUUCGAAACAGAGGAAGAAGAAGAUGGCUGUGAAGAGAACUGGAGUGGAAGAUGUUUCUAAGAAUGCAGAGAAUGAGGAAACUGAUGCUUCAUUGCAUUCGAAAUCAGACAAUCCACAGGAGGAAAGUGAGAGCCCUCUUAAGGCAAAACUCAGCGCAUUUGUGUGCCCUCCGGACGUGGAGAAAAAAGAAGUUGAGAUACAGAGGGAACGACAAAAAACUAUGCAGGAGAUUUUACAGAAUUAUGGAACAAAUUUGACGAACAAGUCUGCACAAAAAGGCUUGUCAAUUAUUGAUAAACUUAAGGAUAAGAUGACGACGCAGGGAAAUGUGUCAGAAGCUGUCAGUGGUCUGAAUUCCGAGAGUGGGGAAGACAUGGAUGAGUUACAGCACGAUGAAUCAUCAUUGAUACCCGAAGUAGACGAUGAUAAACAAGAUGAAACGCCAGCUGAGAAUCAUUCAAAAUCAUUGUCAAAUCCACUUUCAGGUGUUCCUUCUUCGAUUUCAUCGCAAACAGUAACAAAAAUUGAGCAUUCGGAUCACGAAAUGAGCCAAGAGUCAGACCAAGUCGCUGACAAAUCUGAGAAAAAACCACGAGAUCCUCUGAUGUCUCUCGAAGAAACACCCAAGGAUUUCAAUAGUGCAGAGGAGACGAGUGAUGGAGAGCAAAUUGGCGCACUAAGUAGAACUUAUGAUGACUCCAGUGAUACCAGCGAUGUGAUAUCAGAUUCUGAACUCUCAACCGAUGUAAACACAUUCUUGAAGGAGACGAUAAACAAAUCAACAAAUGCUCCGAUGAUGACAACGAUCCAGAGACUUGCAGCUCAACUUCAAGGAGCAAAAUCUACGGAAAGCUCUCCAACAAAACACGAAACAUCAAAACCAAUAAUCGUUCCUCUCUGUAACCUUCGGAGUUUUGUGGAGAAACAAAAUUUAUUGGACAAAUCCGUAGAGACUGCGAGCUCAGAUACAUCACGUUCUAAUACACCCAAGAAUUUUAUUCGUCUACGAAGACUUAGUGGAGACAAAUUGUCCUCUGGAACCCCAGUACCUGAGCCCGCUCCCCCAGCUGAGGAGGAAAAAUCUCCAGAACCCGCUCCCCCUCAGAUGAUUUCGCCAGUAAUUGAGGAACAGGAAGAGUGUUCCUUCCUGAAAAUUGAAAAUGUGAUAAGCCUAGCACCAAAUACAUCCUCAGAUCCUGAGAGCCCGCUGAUCGAUGACAUAAGAAAAGCAGUGGCAACAUCACCAGUUAAAAAUGUUGGAAUUUCAGUUCUCAAAAAAUCGAGUCCAAACAUCUUAAAAAAGCUGACAAGAAAACCAAUAGGGAAAAUUGAUGGUAUUCUCUCGAGAUACACACCAAUUGCUCCAUCUCCUAGUCCAUCCGGGUAUGUCAUUCAACCCGUUGCUGCCAAGAACUUAAAUACCGCUACUAAAAAGAAAACCGGAGCCAUCAAACCCGUUACACCCGCAUUGAAGUCUGUAGCAAUUCCCAAACCGAUUGCUCCUGGCCCAAAGCCUGUAACUCUCGCUGCAAAAUCAAUUCCCCCUCCGCUGCAGAAAAUUUCAACGAAGAAAUUAUCACCGACAGCUAAAAACCUUCAGGUUACUCAUCAAGGUAAAAAUUACAAGCUCCUGAAAUUCGUCCGUCCUGCAGGUUUGAAAUUGAAGGAAAUGAUGUCGACAGUUCCAACGGCGAAGGAAAAAACUGUCGAUGCAUUUACAACGAUGCUGCAAUCUCUUAAACUUCGACAUUUGUACAAGUGCAUGGAUAAAGUCUGCACCUUCACAACAGACUCGACGAAUGCCUUCGGUUAUCACUACAGUGCUCACGCCCUGAAGCAGCCGACGGGGAAGGCUGAAGCGAAAGCGAAAGAUAGGAAAAGCAUCCAUGGCUAUCAAAAAUGCGCCUAUUGCCAUGACAAUACUAUGACAAAUUGGGAUGAACUAUCAGCGCAUUAUAAGAAAAAACAUUCCUUUUGUGCUUAUCAAUGCGGCUACUGUUUUUAUCGGGCAUUUGCUCACUCCUAUGUAGAUUUGCAUCAGAGUACAUCCCAUCCAGGAAAACCUUCCUCUGUUAUUCUUGCCCCCAGGGAUCAUCAUCCAGUGGAGAUUAUUGACAGAAGAGAACAUGUUCAUCCAUUCGUAUGUAAACACGAGUGUAAUAAACUGUUUUACGUGCCCGAGGCGUUCAUUGCACAUUUGAAGAUGAAACAUGGAGCUAAUUUAUCGAUUUUCAAGUGCCACAUGUGUCCAGCCUCUGCUCUCAAAGCCGAAGCCUUGAUAUCUCAUUACAAAAUGCAUUGUAUUUACAAAUAUCAAUGUUUAUACUGUCUCUUUGGUGCUGAUGCACCCAUGGAACUGCAUCUGCACCUCAGCAACGUUCAUUGUAAUCGUCCCCCCAAGAUUCUUGAGAGGUCACUUCCACUCGCACCAGUCAGAGACAAAGAUGUUCUUCUGCAACUGAUCAUUAAAAAUCUUGACGAGGACUUCACUUGCACAGAGUUAAAAAGUGUCGUUGCAUCUCCAAUAAGGCAAAGAAUUGAAACAGCUGCUAAUAGUGAAAUUGAAACAAGUUCUAUCAGUGGGCAAAUGACUACAGAAUCUGAACAGGCUGAAGUGAUUGAUAUUCUUGAUGGGGAGGUGGAAUCUACCGUAAGGCCAUUAUCAGAUAAACUAAUAGGGGCUGAAGGACCUUCAACAUUGAAACUUUAUGAUGGAGCAGUAAUAGAAAAACAAUCAGCCACUGGGAUUCAUGACAAUCCUCAGGAUGUAAAUACAUCAACUGAACAAUUGGUCCAGGAAGAACCUGAAUUGCUUGUUAGGUACGCCACUAAACAAUUAAAAACUCAAAUCGACAAUGCAGUUGAUCCAUUGAGUCUGCCAAAGCAUCUCGACAUGAGUGAUGAAUUUGUCAAUAUCAAUGUGUUGGAUAAUCCCGAGUUCUUGAGGACUGCAGAGGAGAGAACCUCAGAUCGAUCGCCUGUGUUAAAAUCUGGUGAGGAAGAUAGAAAUGAUGAUAGUGAUAUUGAGAUACUGGAGUAUAUUGAACCUUCUAAAAAGCCAAAACUGCAGUUAACUCCCAUUAAAGAGUCUCUUCGACCUUUUUUGAGACUGAAGGAGGAGGUGAAGGAGCCUCAGAGUGGAAAGACGACUCCAACGAUAUCUUUCAGCAGCAAUGAGGACUCGAAUACUUCCGCAGAGGCUAGUGGAUCUACUGAGGUUACGGCACCUUCAGAGUUUGAUAAUAAGGACAUUGAGAAGGCUGGUGAGGUUACUGAGAAAUCUCCGUCGAAUUUGAAUGAUAUCAAGCAUACGGGGCUCUGUGGAAAGGAAUUGUACAUAUGUGGGUAUGAUGGCUGUAAUUUUAGGGCUACCAAUGCCGGGGGGAUAAAGGUACAUAUUUGUAGUUGUGUUCAUGCUGGCGAGAAUCCACAACUCAAGUGCAUGCAUUGUACAAAAAAAUUCAUCAAGGUUGGCAACUUGAUUGAUCACUUCAAGAUUCAUGGCCUCAAGAGAUUUGGCUGCUCCUUGUGUAAUAUGAGAUAUGCAAUGGCCUGUCAAGCUAUUGCUCAUAUGAAGACCAAGCACAAGAUUUCGAGUAAUAAACUGGUGCCUGUUGAUCCUGGCAAUCCUGCGGCUGAUGCUUUAUUCAUCGUUCAACCGCUGGGUCCUGGUGAGAAGAAAGGACGCAAACUGAGCAAGAAUAAAUCCUUCGAUUUCUCUCAAAAGGAGUCAACGGUCUUUGGCCCCAAUGACAUUGAUAAUCUUCCUAGACAAGCGAUCUACAAUCAGGAAGUUCGUUGUGCAGUCUGUCCUUACACUACUAAAGUUAGAACAAACAUCAUCAGGCAUUUGCAGCUUCAUGCUAAGGACGAGCAUGUUCCUGAAUCAGGUCCAGUCAAUCCUGUUCCAUGCUUGGAUAAAAAAGAGAAGAUGUUUGAUAAAAUGGUCAAUCUCGCCAGUAGUUCUCAUCAGAAUGGACGAAUGGGAGGAAAAAAUAAGGAAGCCGUCACUGACAGCGAAGCUGAACUGAUGCCGAAAUUUGUUCCAGAGAAACAAAGAUACGUAUGCUGCGUGGUGGACUGUAACUGCUUAACGAUCAACGAGGAUUUAUUGCGUUGCCACCUGAAAGCAUUGCACCCAGAAGAAUCUUUCUUCCGCUGUCCUCACUGUCCACCUCCAGGUCAAGACACCCAGAGUAUACCAAUCGAUAAACUCGGUGUGCACUUGAAAAUGCACGACACUAGACUUUACAAAUGUUCACAUUGCAAUCAUCACCAUUAUCACAGACACGUAGUCGAACGUCAUUUAACAGACAAACAUCCAGAGAAGAGGCCUUUUGUCAAGGUAAUUCGUGAAAUAGAGAAUCCAGAGAGUCUUGAGAAGCCCCCAACGGAUGAGCCCGAUGACGGCCUUGCAGAUCCUGAUGGAAAUCAUUGGAAGUGCAACAUCUGCGACUACAAAUGUAUCUACAAAACAGAAAUGAUAACCCACGCCUCAACAACCCACGACGAGAAAUCUCAGUUCAAAUGCACAGGCUGUUCGUUCAGAACAUCUGGCAAGAUAAGUUUUGAGCAGCACAUCAUCUCCAAGCACAUCAACGAACCUGAGGUGGACUAUACAAUGGUUUAUGAGCGGAUCAAGGGAUCUAAGAAGCCGGAUACUGUAGAAACACCUCCUGUCGAUGAGCCUUUCGACACAACUCCACUGUGGCGACGAGAUAUGCCACGAAUCCGACACAUCAGGGGAAUCCUCCUCGAGGAGGAUAACGUGAAAAAGUCCUCGGACUCUCCAAAAUCAGGUAAACGAAAAUCCGAUGUUGACCCCAGUCCAAAACCCGCCAAGAUGAAAGCUAAAGCAUCUUCGUUCGAUGGCACUGUAAUUAUUGAGAAAGGAAAGAAUCCUGGAGUCUCGAAGGCUCCUGAAAAAGUCUAUACUGAUGCAGAACUUCAAGAGAAAUUCGGCCCUUAUGGAAAACCUAAUGGAAAUUUAUAUACUUGCACAAUCUGUACGAGUUACAGUUCGAAAUAUCGUCAAGACAUCAGAGAUCAUUUAUACAUGGAGCUAAAAUACUGGAGAUGGCACUGCAAAGAAUGCGGACAUUUGACUGUCUCUCAUUCUAGAAUGUUGAAACACGAGAAUAAAGUGCAUAAAGAUAAGAAACCAGCGACAGUGGAGCUUAUAGAUAAGGAAGACGUUGAGAAAUGGGUGUUGACUCUGAUGAAUACUCAGAGAGAUAUCAUGAGAGGAGAAGCUGGGGACUCGACUUCCUUGUCAACAAAAUCAAAGGUUUCCAUUUCUACAAGAGUCUCGCCACCUACUAUUACUCUUGAGGACUCUGGAGAGAAAAUAGUCCCUACUUCAAAUCUCGAAACCACGAUAGAAUCAUGCAAAACCGUUGAUCUUACUGCAGCUAUCUCAAAACUAACUCGAAACGAAGAAUCUGAUGAUGGAGAUGACGACGGAAAUGCUUUAGUUAUUGACAGCAAAGAACUUGAUGAUAGCAAAGACGUUUCUCUCGAUCAACUUGACAAAUCGUCUCCCAAAGAUCCCAAAAAAAUGUAUACCUGCAAACACUGUAAUAUAGAAUUUGCUGGGCUUCGAGGAUUCAAAAUUCAUGUGCAGAUAAAUCAUUUGAAACGUCUUGCCUUUAUCUGUCCUUAUUGCGACAGAAGUACAAACUCGGAAACAAUGAUGAGGGCUCACAUUAGAAAGAACCAUCAAGGUGAACCUGAAUUAAUCAUGAGAAAUCCUCAGGCUAAUGGUCCUGAAUUGAGCAAUUCUUUUUGGGAGAAAGAAUAUGGUAUCGUGAUACCGAAAAAGGUCAAGAGAAAGAAGCGCAAAAUUGAAGAGGUGGAGGAUACAACAGUAGAUGACAGCAAACUCCCACUCUCUGAUAUUUGUGGUAAAUGUGGAUUCACUGCAAUUAAUUCUACAGGAUUAGCUGCACAUAUGAGGGCUCACGCUAAGAAGCACUCUCUCAAAUGUGUACACUGCAGUUUUACAGCUAAUUCACAGGUUGACAUCUGGCAGCAUUCCGAGAUAAAUCAUCCUCAGUUAGAUUGGAAGGCCGAGGAGAUUAGAUCAGCUGGCUCUUCCACAGAUCCACCAGUUCAGCACGUCAAGAAGAGACAUGUUGAGGAUUACAAUGAAGAUAUUGAGGAAGAACCGGCAACUCUGUCCACUACAACACCUGACCCGACUCUUAAAAAGAUCUUUACUUGUUACUAUUGCAAAGCCGUAAGGAGUCUCUCUAUAGCUACGAUCAGAGCCCACUGGAACCAGUAUCAUAAAGAUGUUAAUGAGAAGUCGAUUUACCCAACUGGAGUGCCAUUUAAAUUUACGGAAUCUGUGAAUGAGAUUUCGGACACUCACAAACCGGUAAAGUGUGGCUACUGUCCCAUGAAAGGUUCAGCAGUUGCUGUUAGGGCUCACAUAAGGAAGAAACAUGCUGGAUUCAGUUAUAGAAUUCUAGAAAUAGUCGAUGAUUCUCAGGAAAUUUGGAUUUGCAAGUGGUGCAAUGAAACGGUUAGAGGUGUGGAGAAAAAGACAUCCCAUCACAACAUGUUUCAUUCGCACUUGGCGAUGAGAUUUUGGAAAGAGGAGACAUUAGUGAAGGAGAAAGAGAAGAACUGCUUUGCCUGUCCUCUUUGUCCAUUCACUAGUGCCCAUUUGGGAAGAAUGAAAAAUCAUGCGUUCAAGCAUGCUGAAGUUUUCAAGUGCAAAAGGUGUUUGAAGACGUUCAAUAGUCUUCAGGCGGCCACGCAGCAUUCCACAAAUGAACAUGCAGGAUUAGCUGCGGCAAUUGAGAGAUCUCUUACUAAUAUCGAAGCUUUGAUGUCUAGGGUCAUUCAGUCUGACGUGGUGAACAUUCCUGAAGAUGAGAUUCACUCUAUGCCCCCUAUGGAUAUCUUCAGGAAUCUUGGAGUUGCUCGCAAAUCAACCACUAAGCAAUUACUGAAAAAAAGCCCGAGUGGAACGAAAUCCGUUGCCAGAAAGUCUACACAUCCUCUCCCAAGAUAUCCUCCUGGCUUGAAAUUUGAUAUAGAGGGAUUGGAUGAUAGUGAAGUUGAGAGUUUAACCAAGCCUCUCGGUUGGAGCUAUUACGGAAGACCACCAACCCCUGUAAAUCUCGCCAAUUUGAAUACUGUGAUGUCCCUCGGGGUUGCCAAGAUGAAAGUUAAAUGCACCAAAUUGGCAAAACUCAUGAAUAUUGAUGCUCGAGUAGUUCUUGUCGACUUUAAGAAACAAAAAAAAGAAUAAGAUGAUUUUACGUUUGUGGAAAUUACCUAGUAAUCACACUACAUGAGGAAGAAUCAUUGAAAUUAUUCUCAUGUCUGUUGAAUAGAUAAAGCUGAUUUUCCCUUCGUUUUUCCUACCGUGGUGAAAAAGUGGCAUUUUUUUACGACAAAUAGUGUCGCAAAGUGAGAGAAAGUAUUAAUGGCUCGACGAAAAAUUCAAGAUCAUCGAUGGGAAAACCCCAAAAUGCUUUUGAAAGAGAUUCGAUUCAUGGAGAACGAAUCAAGUUGAAUGUUCUGGAUUAUUGUCAAUUUUUUUCUUUUAUAUAUUUUGACGUAUGAUUUUUAAGUACGCGUGUCAUAUAUUCUAGGAUCACCGUAAGCUACGUACAUUUCUUAAGAUAAAGAUUCAUUGAUUUUUCAUAUUAUUAUGCUUGGAAAUUUAAUUUUAAAAAAUGGAAAGCGGAGAACCCUUUCCUCUCAGUUAAUCACAAUCAUUCUAUUAUGUUCACAAAUUCCAACGUUCUAGUGAUUCAUCAGAGUGGAUCGAAAGGACUUAAUUGUAUGAAAGACAAGACUGACGAUUAUCCCCUACUCAACAACUAUCAGAGUAUAAACUCUGGCUGGAAAACAUUGUAAAUAUUGUACUCUAAAGGAAAAGCACUUGAAUAAAAUAUUUUUAAUUUUUAUA